CUACAGCGCCCUCUUUUGACAGUGUGAGAAAUAAGUGAAUGAUAAUUAUCGAUUCUUCCUCCAUAUUUUGACAGAAGAUACACAGAAAAAAACGAUGUCAAACUACAGGCUGCUGUACUUCAACAUCAAAGGCAAGGGUCAGCUGAUCCGGCUGUUUCUGCAUGACCAUGGGAUUGAAUUCACUGAUGAUACCGUUCCCGAUGACGGCUGGGCCGCGAUCAAACCAACCUUGCCAUUUGGCCAGGUGCCUGCAUUCUGGGAUGGUGAUUUCUCAAUGGUUCAAACAGCUGCCAUUAUGCGCUUCCUGAGUCGCAAACAUGGAGCCUAUGGAACCAAUGACACAGAAAAAGCUCAGAUUGAUAUGGCCUAUGAUGGUGUAGAAGACUUCUAUGUUCGCUACAUCCGUUUCAUCUACGAUGAUUUUGCAGCUGGAAAAGACAAAUACUUGGCAGAGACAGUUCCCGAGUCGGUUCUCCCAACCUUACAGAAAUUGCUUAUGAGGAACAAGAAUGGUGAAGGUUUUCUUGUUGGAGACAAGAUUUCCUUCGCCGAUUACCACCUGUUCCAGUUCCUGGAUGCUCUGAUGGACCUGUCUGCAUUAGCUUGUCUUGAGGCUUUCCCAGUCUUGAAGGCCUACUACGAGCGCAUCAAGGCUCGACCCAACAUCAGCAAGUUCCUCGCUAGUGACCUGAACCAGAAGCGCACAUUCAAUGGGGCAGGACAUUAAAUGUGCUGUCAACGGGUGUCAUGUGAAACUUGGACCCUUGUAAAAUAUGGUCUCUUUUACCUUAUAUGGCAUUUAGCACGCACACAAGACUUGUUACUGUCCUAAUUAUGUUCACUAAGGCUGCGUAAACAAUGGGUCCCUAUUUUAUAGAGUUCAAGUUUUACACUAUACACCAGGUUUCAGGUGAUUCAAUGAUUUUUUUCUAAAGGAAAUCGACAAAUCGUUUAAUAGGCCACAAUUAAAAAUCAAUCAUGAUUCCUUUUAUGACAGUCAUCUACACACUGUCUUAUGAUUUUUAAAUGCUUUUAGAAUGCUUAUGUAGUGAGCAGUAAUACUCAGUGUUUAAUAAUACCAGCGAUUUCAUAAAACCCAAAGACAAGUAUUUUUAAGUAAUAUUUUACUGUUUCGAAAUUAUGUCAGUGGAAAGCAAAAUGAACUGAUCAUUGCUGAAGUCUGUUAUAGACUUCAGCAAACUGAAAUGAAUUAUGAAAUGAGUUAUCAUUUUAUGAGGUUAAAAUGUUGCUGCAAUGCUAAAACAGAUUAUUAUUAAACAAAAGAUAAUAAUCAUUACAAAUGUGAAUCAGCGCAUAAAAUGUAGCACAUUAAUAGCAAUCAGAAUUAAUAAAUAGCUAGGAGGAUUAUAUCGUCAAUCACUGUAUAAAUAUUGUGACCUAUUUCUGGCUUUUUUUCUGCUGCUGGCCGCGUAGCGGUGUUAACAUAAAAAUGAAUAUUGUUUUUCUAACAGAAUCAUGUUUGUCUAAUAUAGACUCUUAACCUCAUUGAAAUUUUUUUGCAAUACUCUCAAAACAGCCAAUAGUUUUACAUUGAAGUUAAAAGCUGUCUAUUUUGUUUUAUACGCACAUUUUUCUUUAAGCAAAAGCUGAAAUUGUUUUCCGCAAAUCACUGGUUAAUUUGUUUAUUUUUACUGUAAUUCUUUAAUGCAUGUUUAUUGCAACUGUUCUAUCUUUGUGUUCACAGUGCAUCAAAAAUAGUUCCAAAAUGAAAUCAUCUUCAUGAACUUUGUGGCAUUAAAGUGACGAAAACAAGUCAAAAUUCAAUAGGAAAGUACUAUAGCCAACUAACAUAUUUACAUAUAAGUCUUAAUUUCAUCGGCUCUGCGUUUUGUCGCUUUUAAAAUGCUUAUGUAGUGAGCAGCAUUACUAAUGGUUUAUAGUACAAGUGGUAUUCAUGAAAACCUAAGACAAUAAUUAAUUAAUAUCCUACUAUAAAAAGUCUAUUUCGAAAGAAUGUCACUAGAAAGUCUGUUUAUAGAGAUAAGAGCAAAAAUAUUCAAAGAAUUUAAAUAUAUUAAAACAAAAAUGAAACGAAUUAUCAUUCCGUGAGUUUAAAAAUACUGCCGUAACACUUAAGCAGAACAUUAUAUUACAAAAUGUGAAUCGGCCAAUUAUUAUUUACAGCAAAGUGUAACAUUAACAGGAAUAACAGCAGUCACAAGUAUUACGACAAUGAUUUGUGUAAGCAUUUUCGUCAGUCACUAUGGCGGCCUUCUAGCCGUUUCUGCUCUUGCAAACUCAGUAUUUUACAGCAUUAUGUUUAUGUUUAUACUCCAACCUUCUUUGAAAAAUAUCGAAAUAUGCUUCAAAAGCAUAAGGCGUUCGAUUUGUUUUACAUGCAUGUUAUCUUUAGGCCAAAGCUAAUAAAUAAAUGUCAUGUGAUUCAA